CAGUCUAGUGCUUAUAGAAUUAAACAUUUAAAAACAUGGACAAUAAUAAUUAUGAACUAAAUUCUAAUUUGAGUAUAGUGAGUUCAUCAGCGGAGAAUAAUCAUACUUCUAUAGAAUUUGGAGCUACAGUAAUACCAAUUUAUUUAAACAUUAAUGACCAGAAAAAUCCAGAUUAUAAUUCUAAAUGUACUGCGAUGAUAUUAGACUUUGGUUCUACCCCACAAGAUGUUGGUGAAAUAUACUUUAAAAAUUACUAUUCAUACAUAAUUUCAAUUCUAGUUAUGAAAAUAUCAAAUGCUGAUUCGAAAAGGUUAAAAAAAUGGUACAUAGCUAUAAGACAAAAGAAAUUAAUGGAUAAUGCUCAUACAGAAUUUCAAUCCCAAGAUUAUAUAUGCAUUAAAUCAUCUGAAAGUGAAAUAGAUUGGUCAGAUUUGUACAAAAUGAAAUUGAUCUUGCGCCAACCAUCGCCUAAUUGGAAUAAUUUUGGCAUAGAUGAUGUGAAAGUUGUUAGCAAAGUUCAGGCAGAAAAUGUGUAAAUACUAUAAACAAACCAUCAAAAUAUAUUUUAUAACAAUAAAAUAAAUAUU